CGCUUUGAAUGAUUACUAGUCGUCGCAGCAUCCGAAUCUGAAUGCCACGGCCUACUCCAAUUCUGAAUGUUCCAAUUGCUGUCCGUGCAAAUGCAAACUCCCUAUAAAAUGCCAUGCACGCAAAGAUGCCCGAAGCACCAAAGAGCCAUAAAGCCACGUGUCUCUUCUACCUUAGCACACGUACAUUUUGCCUUUCAUCACAAGUGCACACGUACGCAUGGCCACCACCCUCGCCUUCACCGUGAAGAGGUCGGCGCCGGAGCUCGUCGCGCCGUCGAGGGCGACGCCGCGGGAGCUCCGGCCGCUGUCCGACAUCGACGACCAGGACGGCCUCCGGUUCUACCGGUCGGGCCUCCACUUCUUCCGGGGCCGCGGCGGCGGCGGCGCCGACCCCGCCGCGGUGGUCAGGAGAGGGCUCGCCGACGCGCUCGUGCACUACUACCCCGUCGCCGGAAGGAUCAGUGAGGUGGAGGCGCCGGCGCGGAAGCUGGUGGUGGAUUGCACCGGCGACGGCGUGGUGUUCGUCGAGGCGGACGCCGACGUCUCCCUCUCCGACUUCGGCGACGUGCUCUGCCCGCCGUUCCCGUGCUACCAGGAGCUCCUGUGCGAGCCCGACGGCAACUGCGCCGCCGUCGUCGGCCGCCCGCUCCUCUUCAUUCAGGUGACGCGACUCAGGUGCGGUGGCUUCGUGUUCGGCCUGCAGAUAUGCCACAACAUCGCCGACGCGGCUGGCACGGUGCAACUCCUGCGAGCGAUCGGCGAGAUGUCGCGGGGCAUGCCCGCGCCGACCGUGCCGCCGGUGUGGGCGAGGGAGCUGCUCAUGGCGCGGUCGCCACCGGUGGUCACGCACCGGCACCCGGAGUACGACGAGACGGCGGCCGGCGGCAACCACGACGUGCUUGCCCACCAUGAGCCGCUCGUGCAGCGCGCGUUCUUCUUCGGGCCGAAGGAGAUGUCCGCAUUGCGAGAGCUCGCCGCCCCAGCCGGCGCCGCCGCCGGCAAGAGGAUCUCCCGCUUCGACAUGCUCGCCGCUUUCCUCUGGCAGCGCCGGGCGGCGGCGCUGGAGUACGACGACGACGACGAGGUGCGCGUCAUGUUCGUGGUGAACGCGCGCGGGCGCAGCCCACCGCUGCCCGCGGGGUUCUACGGCAACGCGUUCGCCUUCGCGGUGGCGGCGUGCACGGCGGGGCGCCUCCGUGACAGCCCGCUCGCCGACGUGGUGGGCAUGGUCGCCGGCGCGAAGGCCAGGGCGACGUCGGAGGGGAACCUGCAGUCGGUGGCCGACCUGAUGGCGCAGCGCGGGCGGCCGCGGUUCGGGCGCGCGGCGAGGGCGUACCUCGUGUCCGACGUGACGCGGGCCGGGUUCGAGGGCGUCGACUUCGGGUGGGGGGAGGGGGCGUACGGCGGGCCGGCGGCGGCGACGCUGGCGACGUUUCACUUGACGGUGAAGGAUGCGAGCGGGGAGGAGGUGAUCGCCGUGCCGAUGUGCUUGCCGGCGCCGGCCAUGGAAAGGCUCGAGUUGGACGUGCAGAUGUCGUUGAAUCAUUGAACGAUAUAUACAUUCCUACAUGUUCUAUGUUGAUUGUUAGAUUCGGUACAUCCGUACAUGCUAUACGUUCAUAUUGUUCAUGUCACCAUGUGCAUGUUUUGUUAUGUCCUACGUAACUCCUGCAUAUAAUAUAGGAGUUACAACAUGUAAUAGUUAAAUUUUAAGUUGCAUGUUUGUGGACUAAUAUAUCACAUGUUAAUACAUCUUUUUACAUAUUUUUUAUAAA